CAUGUUGGUACAACGGCAACCAAAAAAAUUGAUGUCUACCUCCCACUGCACACAAGCCAAGACAAACUACAGCCCAUGACAGUUGUGACGAUAGCAAAUGCCAAGGUGCAUGACCUGAUUGGACUAAUAUGCUGGCAAUAUACAAGUGAGGGACGGGAACCAAAACUGAACGACAACGUCAAUGCCUACUGUCUCCAUAUUGCUGAGGAUGAUGGAGAGGUUGACACAGAUUUUCCACCCUUGGAUUGCAAUGAGCCCAUUCACAAGUUUGGCUUCAGCACUCUGGCACUGGUUGAAAAGUACUCUUCUCCUGGCCUGGCAGCAAAACAGUCGCUCUUUGUUCGCAUAAAUGCUGCUCAUGGAUUCUCACUUAUUCAGGUGGACAGUAUGAAGGUCACCAUGAAGGAUAUCUUACAAAAGGCCUUAAAGAGAAGGAAGGGAUCACAGAGAGGCUCAGGUGGGUUAUUUAUUGUAUUUUCUAGAGGCUAUCUUCAGAUGAGAGCUGAAGUUUUAAUAAAAGUUAGAAGAGAUAACACAGUGAAGGACACGGAUGAGCUGUCUCAAGGCCAUAUUCCAAGGGAACGAUAA